AUGCCACCGACUCGAAAGCAACAACAUAAACCGACUUGGUCAGGAGCCAAUGUUCUGUACUUUUUGUUAGCUUUCCGCAUCUGCAAUGCUCUUCUUAUUCGCACAUUUUUCCAGCCAGACGAAUACUUUCAAUCUCUCGAACCAGCAUGGGACAUAGCUUUUGGUCCAUCAAGUGGUGCAUGGAUAACAUGGGAAUGGCGAGAGCGACUCAGAUCUUCGUUGCACCCUUUCCUCUUUGCAGCCGUCUACCGCGUGACAGCUUUGGUCGCUGAGUAUCUGGAUUUGGAGGCAGCAAUUCGAGCUGAGCUCCUGAUAGCAGCCCCCAAAGUACUGCAAGCGUGUUUCGCAGCGACUACUGACUACUUCGUCUGGAAGUUGGCUGCAAAAGCGUAUGGCAAGAACUCAAAGGCUUCUUCUGCUGCGCUCUUCUUGACUGUAUUCAGUCCAUGGCAAUGGUUCUGCUCGACGAGAACACUUUCAAACUCUGUGGAAACCACACUGACAACUAUUGCCCUCUGGCUUUGGCCUUUGCGUAACGACCCAAAGCAGCCUGGUUCCAAUGCUACAAGUCUUCGGUCGGCUCUGGUGUUGGCUGCUAUAGCUACAGUGCUAAGACCGACAAAUGCGAUCAUCUGGAUUGUCAUGGCUGCAUAUACAGCAGCGCCAAGCAAGGACAUCAAUCUGACACGAGCCCUUUGGACUCUGGCCGUAGAAUGUCGCGAAGCUGUCGUCUCAGGUGCCUCGAUAGUCGCCACCUCACUCGCCUCGGAUCGUCUUUAUUAUGGUGAUUGGACGUUCCCACCACUUCGCUUCAUCCACUUCAACGUCGUGCAAUCUCUCGCCGUAUUCUACGGCAGAAAUCGAGCGGAUUAUUACUUGACCGAGGGACUUCCUCUACUCCUGACCACAACACUUCCAUUCGCUGUCUGGGGCUGUUGGUCCGCUCUCACGAACCCAAGAUACAAUGCCGAUGGUCAAAAGGUCACUCGACCUCUGGCAAUCUCGGUUGCCGUCUUCGUGACGAUCAUGAGUCUGAUCGCACACAAGGAAGUCAGAUUCAUAUACCCGCUUCUACCAGGACUUCUAGUCUUAGCAGCAGGGCCGUUCUCGCUGUUCUUCUCACCGCUGCUGUUGCCAAAGACCGCCGUGAAAAAGAUGCUUCUCUUCAUCUUUGUUGCCGUCAAUGCAACCCUGGCUUUCUACAUCAGUCAAGUUCAUCAACGAGGUGUCAUCGACGUACUGCACCAUCUCAGGCACAAACACGAAGUCAAAGUGUCAUCAAACACUACAGUCAUGUUCAUGAUGCCCUGCCACAGCACACCUUGGAGAAGUCACCUGAUCUUCCCAGAGAUCGAUGCACGAGCACUCACAUGCGAACCGCCGCUUGACGUGCCUAUCGGAGCAAGAUCCUCAUACAUGGAUGAGGCAGAUCAGUUCUAUGCGGAUCCGACUGCAUGGAUGAACGAGCACAUGGAGGACACGAAACUUCUGGGGAAAAGACAGCCGAACGCUGGAAUCAACACACACCAGGACAAAGCACAGUGGCCAGAAUAUCUCGUCUUCUUCGAACAACUGGAGCCUACCAUGACGGAUUUCUUGGCCAACACUCCGUACAUACAAGAUUGGAGGACCUUCAACACACACUGGCACGAUGAUUCGAGGCGUCAAGGAGAUGUGGUGGUCUGGAGACUC